UCGGUGCUAGACUACUUCCACUAUCCCAUUGGAAAGUCCAAGAAUUACAAGAAUCUCCGGAAGAUGACAACUGCCAGAUACGGACAGAUCACAACCUUCAUACUUAUAGCCUUUCUAAUACUCAUCCCCAUCCACCGUUAUCUCAUCAAAAACGGCUACACUCUCACCAACAAGCUCCAGAUCUUGCGUAGCGUCAACAGAAGGCUCAACAAGUACAUUUAUCCCAGCGACGACUUGCACGAAUCACAUCGCCAGUACUACAAGAGGCUUCGUUCUAGGCUUGCACUUAGAGCUAAAACCUGGAUCUUCAAUUUUUCAUAUCAUGCCAGCACCAUUUUCCAGUUAGCAUUUUGGCUCACAGUUUUGUCGUCUUUGUCGCUAACAGAUAUUCAUAAUGGAGAUUUGCUCUUUCUAGCAGCCCGUCUCGGACGCGUUGCUGCUGUCUGUUUGCCUACUAUUCUAUUCUUAACAUUAAGACCUUCUCCUCUCCCUAACACCCUCUACUUGACAUUGAUUCCCAUCCACAAAUGGUUGUCGAGAAUGGUGAUAUUGCAACUGGUGCUACAUGUUUCUAUCUACUGUGGCUACUUCCAUAAGAACGGCACCUGGAAAAAAGCUCUUAAAACAGAAAACAUCUAUGGGUGGGUAGCCGUCUUUGGAUUCUUAGUAAUGAUUAUAACUUCAGUUCUGAAAAUCAGAACAGUUUGUUUCAAGCUUUUCUACAUCAGUCACUACUUCUGGUCGUGGGUAAUUGUCAUUUGUCUCCAGUUUCACGUGAGACCAGUGCCUUUCACGAAGUACACAGCCAUAAACGUUGCUAUUUUGCUUUACCAGAUAGUGUACCGCUUGCGUUGUACGAUCAAGUCCAAAACCAUGGAGAGUAUAAAAGUCAAUGAUGUUUCACCCAACUUGGCUUUGGUGGAAUUCCCAAAUGAUUUGAUAAUGAACCCCGCCAGAAAACCUGCUGCCCAUAUCAGACUCACUGACUGCCACCCCAAUAUAUUGAUUAGAAUAUGGAAACAAAUUAUUCCAAACUAUCAUCCAUACACUUUGGUCUCGUUACCUACAGAUAACUACCAGAGAUUGAUUAUUAGAAAAAGUAACUUCGAAUUCACAAACGGUAAAAAGUACUUAAUCUACGGAAGUUUUGAUCCACACUUGCUAUUUAUUGGCUCCAAGACUUCCUCAUUUUCUUCGCCUGCUUCUUCAAAGUUUUCCAUAUCAAAACUUUCUAUAGAUGCCAAAAGAGUCCUCAUUGUAAUCGGAGGCUCUGCUAUUUCAUUUGCAUUGCCGAUCCUACGUGUAAUGAACUACCAUGGUAUUCCCGUAAAGAUCGUCUGGGUGCUCAAGGAUUACCGCGACAUAUCCAUCUUAAAAUACUUUGACGGAUUUAUCCACGGUGACGACUUUGAGAUCUUUGUCACAGGAACCAGUGAAAUCAAAGAAGAAAAGCUCUUGAGAAACAGCAUUAGCUACGGAUCUAUUUUGAGUCGUAAAAGCAUUAUAUCCACUUCUACUAGACACUACUCAGAGUACGAUCUAGAAAGAAAUGAAGGGAGCCCUCUACUUGACAAAGACGAACUUGAAAAUACAGCUCAAUUCAAUAGCUUGCAUUUUGAAAACCAGAUUGAGAACGUCGAGGUCUCUAUGGAUAACGAAGAAGAAGAAACGGACGACGAAGACUGCGCCAUAGAUGAGUACUCACACCGUAAUUCCCAGCUUUUCGGAUUGGAAGAAGACAUCAACGAAGAAGUAGGAACUAAUGUAGAACCAGAAGAUAUAAGAGUGCAAGAAUACUCUCCUGAUGAAUUGACACCUAGAGAACUACAGAUACCUUCACCAGCUCAUUCUCGUAAAUCCAGCAUUAACGAACCGUUCAUUCCCACAUAUAACCCAAACUCUACAGAGGCUGAGGUUGCUAUGAAGAGUUUCAGAGAAACUCUCAAAAGACUAAACAUAGAAAACAAAGUCUACAGGGGUAGACCCAAGCUAAAUUACAAGUACUACAACUGGUGUAUCAACGAAGGUUUUACCCAAUGCUCUGGUCCAGUAGAAGACAGCGACCAUAAUUUGGUAUGUUGCCGUGAUUUGCCCAAAAAUAGGGUCAGACAAGAAGAUAUAAACGCAGAGAAAAUCUGGGUAUUAUCAGCUGGACCCAAACCUCUUGUCGAUAACGUUAAGUUAUGGGCCAACGAGUAUGGGUUGAAGUUCCACGAGGAAGCCUUCUAUGCCUAG